CUCGCCGUACACAAUCUCCGCGACACGAUACAUUAGCCGAAUUUCCGGCACCAACGAUCGCUUCUCAAGAUUCAGAGACAAGAACCACUCCGUACAACACCAUGAACUUCCCCGGCGGCGGCGGUGGUAUCCCCGGCAUCCCCUCGGCGGGCGCGGGUGCCUCACCACCGGGGUCCGACCCGAAUGAUCCCAAUGUGAAAUGGCUCACGAACGCCAUGGAAUCGUGCUACGCCAAGACGGUCAUGAGCGGCGUCGCCGGUUUUGCGCUGGGCGGGGUCUUCGGCAUGUUCAUGGCCUCCAUGGCCUACGACACACCCUACCACGUCCCCGGCGCGCCGGCUGCUGCUGCUGUUGGAGGAGGAGGCACGGCGCCUCGCGUCGUCCCUGGCGUCCCGGGGUCUGCCGCCGCCUCCGUCGAGCUCUCGUCGCUGCCGCUCCGGAAACAACUCGCGCACGGGUUCAAGGAUAUGGGAACACGCUCGUGGAGUACAGCCAAGAAUUUUGGCGCUGUUGGGGCGCUGUUUAGUGGGAUUGAGUGUGGGAUCGAGGGGCUGAGAGCCAAGAAUGAUAUGGGCAAUGGCGUGGCGGCCGGGUGUUUGACCGGCGCGAUAUUAGCCCGCAAUGGAGGGCCGCAGGCGGCCGCGGUCGGGUGUGCCGGCUUCGCGGCGUUUAGUGCGGCUAUCGAUGCGUGGAUGCGGAUGCCGAAGGAUGAGGAUUAAGGCUGAGUGAGCUCUGGCCGGCAGGAGGGGUGGUGUACUGAUAUGGGUUGUCGGUUCUGUUUUGGCUGUUUGUUGAGAGCGUAGAAAGGGCUGGGUUUUGUUGUCCAUGGUUCUGGCGUUGGGGGACCAUUUGCAUAGAUACUGGGCUAAGGGUUGUUCACUUGGAGCGGGGUGUAGGCGAGUUGGCGGCUGUUCAUCACCCUCGAAGGACGCCCAAGAUCUACACUCGGUUGUUCAGAGUUGGACAGAAGAUACAGGAGUGAUUCCUACUAAACAUCUAUGAAGCGCCGCGAAAGGAGUUCGAUUCAAGUGUCGAAUAUCAAGCAAGCGUCGGCUGUUACCGACAUCGGCCACUACAAUUAAAAGCUGCAUGUAAUUUCAUCUAACGAGAAGGCUUCCC